AUGCCUAUUGUUUGCAGGAAACGGUUCUAUGCUGAUGCACUUAACCCGAUUUCUCCCUACCGGCGAGGCCUCAUCCUCUUGGCUCUGACGAUGAAGCUUUACUGCGCACCAGCCUCUGAGAAUGGUAAUGAUGCCCGAUGGCCACUAUAUCAGUUGGUAAAGACAUUUUACGCGGACGUAGAGGCUACUGCUCCGAUGUCCGUGCAUAUUCUCCAGGCUGCAGUAUUCAUUGCAAUCUAUGAGAUCGACCAGGCUAUUUAUCCCUCUGCAUACCUGAGUGUGGGUACUUGCGCUAGGUAUGGGACUGCCUUGGGCCUGAAUAAAUUGAUGACAUGUCAGGUUGGGGAUGGUAAAACUGGGCUUUCAGGGGUCGAGAUCGAAGAGCAAAGACGUGUCUGGUGGGCUGUCUUGAUGCUGGAUCGACUCUUGAAUAUAGGAGACCCGGGCCGACCUUUGGCAACAGAGGAUCCAACCUUUGACAGUUUUCUGCCCAUAAAUGACAGGGAAUUUAACGAUGGUACGUUUCGGCCGGAAGACGCUAUCACGAUAUCUGCUGGAUUCAAUCAAAAAACGAGCCUCUUUGGUGGUCUUGCUCAAGCAACCUAUUUGCUCGGUCAGACAAUCAAAUCCAUUUCAUCAUUUCCUUCACCAUAUGGAGGGAGUCAGGCCGUCCGCUUCGAAGAACAUACAGCACAACUGCGCCGUACGCUACACGCAUAUGUACAGAUGGUCGAAAAAUGGACCGCAGUCCGGAAAUUACAGUACUGUCCCGCAUCUGCAAUUUGCUACAUUGCUCUCUUCUUGCUUCAGGAUCAUCACUGGAAACAAGUUGGCGCCGCAACAGCACAAGAAAUACGCAGCACCAUCUUUUACGAGACCAAAUCUGCCUGUGAAGCCAUCUCUAUCAUGGCCAAAGACCCAGAUGUGGGCUGUGUAGAUCCACCUAUUUCGAGGGUCGCAGGCGAACUCUCGACAUUGUUUCGGCAAAUGAUAUACCAAACCACGGCCCAGUUCAUAAUGGUUGGGUUUGGGGAUCCCGAUGCAGACACCAAAGAUAAGAUCGAAACCCUCACGGGCAUCUUACAUAUUAUGCAACCGCGUUGGCACCUCUCAAGUAAGCCGUUAUCAGAAUCAGUAUAA